AUGAAGAUUUCCAUCAGUCUUAUGCUUCCUUUCUCCUUCGCAAUUGCAUUGUUAGUUGUUUACAUGCUAAUAUUACAACCUGACCAGUUACAUGGCAGGGAAUAUGACGUUCGUGUGGUCAAUGGCUUCACAAACAACGACUCGCUUCCUUUGGUGAUUUGGUGUGCAUCCAAAGACAGUGAUCUCGGAGGACGUGCACUCCAAGAGCACGACGACUUCAGCUGGAGACUCAGGACCAACUUAUGGGGCACCACUCAUUUCUUAUGCACCAUGAAAUGGGACCAAAAGAGGAAGAGUUUUGAUGCGUUUAAGGGUCCCAGGGAUAUUUAUCGCUGUGGUCCUCUUAGGAAGUGCUCUUGGUUGGUGAGAGAGGAUGGGUUUUAUUUCAGCAAUGAUGAAGUGAAUUGGAAAAGAGAAUUUUCAUGGUAUUAG